AUGCCAAAUCCCAGCGUUCACAAUGCCCCGGCAGAAGUCGCAGCCGUCGCUCCUGCCUCAAAAGGACCAGGCACCUGCGGCUACGUCGAAUUUCCAGUCACAACCUUGAGAUUUCCCAUGAUCGCCAGGCCGUGGACUUGCCCCAAACCAGAACAGACAUGCACAUCUUCGGGAUCCUACGCGGGCUGCACCACACCCGUGCCAACCAAAUGCCUCGGGUCCUCUCUGGAGUCGGGUAUCAUCGCGAGUGCGUGCGCCGACGACGAACUAUGCUGGCAAGUUAUGCACAGAUACCGACCCAACACAGCCUGCUACACUUGGCUCUCGACUCAAGGUCCCUCGACAUAUACCCUCUUCGAAUGCCGCUCCACCAGCGGCAUCGGCAUACUCCUUGCCUCGCCGACGGGAGUCUCAGGCACGCCAAUAGCGACUUCACCCAUCUACUCAACCAUCUCACAACCCUCCGGCUCCCAACAGCCUCCUCACACCCCCCUCCCGACAUCCCCUCAAGAGCGCCCGAACUCCAACGGCGAAGCGCCCCCGGGCGCCGUGGCAGCCAGCAUCGCCGGCGCGAUCGCCUUCCUCGGCCUCCUCGCGGGCGGCGUGGUGUACCUGUGGAUGUGGAACAAGAAGAAGAAGAAGCGCGAGGGCACGCUUCACCGGCGCACGAGCAUGGCGAUCUCGGGCCCGUUCAUGGUCAGCGGGGCGCCGCCCAAGGUCCCUCCGCCCCCGCGCGGCUUCGAGAUGCGGAGGUUCGACGUGGGGAGGAAUGCGUCGUCGGUGUAUAGCCAGGAAGGGAAUGAGGGGAGGGUGUCGGAGGGUGUGGUGCCUGUUGUGGGUGAUGCUCCGAAGAGGCCGAGACGGAGUGGAGAUGAGGGUAUUUGGAUUUGA